CAGUACGAAACUAAGCAUAUCAACCAGUUCGACAGUUCUCACUCAAUUGUGACCUUGACGACCUUGACUUCGAGGACUGCGAAACUCGAAUGAGUAAUAUCAGUUAAUCUCGGUUUUUGUCUUCGAAGUUUUGAUUUCGACUAGUUAUCUCAAGCUGCUCUAACUGCUUUGUGAUCCGUGAGUGCUGCUGUGUCACGGAUCAGAGCAACAUAUUCGAAAGAAGUCCGCAAUGGUUAGGGAGGUGACUGGACGUAAUUAUUAAUCCACUGGUGUCAUAAUGAGCAGGGUGGAUUUGAAGGUUGUUCUACUGGGUAGCGAAUAUGUAGGGAAAACAAGCAUACUUGAACGUUUUGUUUAUGACCGUUUCAGAGGGAAUAUUCCCUAUCAGAACACUAUUGGAGCUGCGUUUGCAGCCAAGGAAGCUGACUCAAAUGGGAAGAAAUUCAUGAUGGGAAUAUGGGACACUGCAGGCAGUGAAAGGUAUGAAGCAAUGAGUCGUAUAUAUUAUCGAGGAGCAAAAGCAGCCAUAGUUUGCUAUGAUGUUACAGAUCGACCAUCCUGGGACAGAGCAAAGUUCUGGAUAACUGAACUUAGAAGAUACGAAGAGGAAUGUAAAAUUUACCUGGUGGGAACAAAACUGGACCUCUUGUUGGAUGAUUCAAAACAGCGAGCAGUGGAUUUGGACCUGGUCACUCGAUACUCAGACGGCAUCCAGGCACAGUUCAUUGAAACCUCAAGCAAGACAGGAGAAAAUGUUGUGGAGCUCUUCCAGACGAUAGCAGAUGAUUACAUGCGGAACCCGGAAAAUGUACGACAAGUGGAGGAGACCGUCAUGCUGAAUGCCCGUGAUAAGAGAGGAAGCUGUUGUCUGUUAUCUUCAUGACUUAACAUUAUGAGUACCACUUUGGCUUGAGCGUUACAUUGCUGCAGAACUCAUGCAUCCGGCUGUGAUGAUUUCUCCGAAAGUAUUGAUGUAAAUAGAGCUCACAUGCAGACUGAUGUGCAAGAUUUGUUUCUGCCCAAACAGUUACCUCUUACUGGUUUCCAGUUUCUUGCCAAGGUUAACACAGAUCAUGCACAGUAUUCCCAGCCAUCGUUAUAUUUAAUUUUAUCCACCUGCUGCGAAGUUUAUAUUGUCACACUGUGUGAAUAGUUUGUCUUUUGAAAGUAAUAUUAAUGUUAAUGAAAGUGAUCCUUUGGUAUUCUCUGACAAUGUACCAUGAAAUUCUGUUUAAAAAAAAAAAAUCCCUUCAGUUCUUUAAAUGCAUAUAUCACUCUUGAAUUAAAAUGUGGUGAACUAAAUGAUAUUAUAACUUGUAUUUAUGUAAGUAAACCUAAAUUUGUGUAUAAAAUAAAUUGAAAAAUGUAGUUAUUUUUAAAAUAUUGAAUUUUAAUCACUACAGUUGGAUAAAAAUAAAGCAUUGCCCUCUCCACUUGACUGUUCAGAUGUGCCAGGUGUUUGCUCACAAGCAGGACAGUGACUCACAUCUGUUUGUUCUCUCUGUUUCUUGUGUUUUAUUGUCUGUCAGACAUAUUGUAAUAUGUGAGUGCUUCCAUCAUUAAUCAGUUCAGUGUUCCACAACCACCAGCCCGUGGAAAAUUUUUGCUGGUCAACAAACAUUUACUGCAAAAGAUAUUUUCUUUGUUGAAUUGUGGGGAAAGGUGAUUCUGUUAAUCACUGACACCUUUCCUGGCAAGCAUUCUCCCCAGAUAAUGUAUGUGUAGCACAAAUGCAAUGUUUAUUUAACAGUUAAUACAUGUCUAUACUUUUAUACUUUCAACAGUUUGCAGCAAAGAAUUUGGAUGUCUUAUGGUGUGAAGUAAGGCUCAUGUUGAGGAACAUUGGUUAUUGUGUCUUUGCAUGUUACUUGCCACAGAAAUGAGUUACAAAAAGUGGGCUUAUGUAAACAUAAGCUUUAAGGCACGUAGUUUAAAAAAUGGUAGUGGAAAGAGUUAAUUAUGAUUGUUAUUUCAGACAUUGCCCAUUACUUUUUAAAGCACUGCUGUUUGCAAAAUUUGAUCAGUUUAUGUCAUCAUAUGUAAGGGGAAAAUGAAUUGUACUCACUCGGGGCCCAGUGGACCCACUUGGGUAAGAACCCCUCCUCCCUUAGAUCACUUUCCAAAAUGUUGUGUUUGGAAAACCUGAAGACAAUGGGGGAAUGCCUGGAAUAGUAGUUGUGUUCACUAUAACAUGCCAUCAUCAGAAACAGUUGACUUGACAAUGUGUAGAUGUGUGAGCAUGAGGGAGAGGAGUGUCUUUGCUACCUAAAGCUCUUCAUGGACAUGCAACCAAUGAAGAGAAAAGUAAAGCCCCAUUAGUACAGAUUUCACAGGACCCAUAUUUUCACAUUUUUUUUGUCAUGCAAUGUUAUUUUGAAACUGCAGUGGAAAGAGCAAACCAUUUUUGUGUAUUGUUUAUUUCACCUGACCAUUUACAAGUGAGAUAAUUUGUAUCUAAUAUGGGUUUGAGCGCAGUAUGAAAUGGGAUAUAUUUUUUCUGUGAAUUCAGAAUGGGAGUUUCAAAUGGGGAAUGUAGCUCCAUAUACUACGAGGAAGAACUUGUGAAUACAAAAUUUACUUCAUGAUGAAAAUUAUAAUGGAAAAUGAAACUCUAAUAACAAGAGGGUUGAGCUAGCAUUUAGCGUGACUGCCACAGUUCAAAAUUACAGUUCUGAUCUGUCUGCCUCAAAACAGCAUUGGUUGGCAGUCACAUAUUGGCCAGUUGCAUGUUUUACCUGUAAGUUCUGUCACAAUGUGUGUGGCUGUCGUCUCUUUGCUUGAGCUUACAACCGUACAUGUUUGCAUCUGAUGCCCAAAUGAGGAUUUCACAACAGUGGUACCUUCUUCUGUCCAUGCUGGAGCUUUCUGCACCACACCCAGUCAGGGCCAAGGGUCAUCAUGUCCCAUCAGGACUAUAUUUUAAGUACAAAUGAUGUAUCAGUGGGUAGGGAUGAAAAACAAACUAAUUGCUAUUGAUGAAGAAUUAUGGCUGAUACUUUGUACCAUAAAUUUUAAUAUUUUCCAUCAAGAAAUUUUUGUGUGGCUAGUAAACUGAGUUAUUAUCUGUUGACCAUGUUAAUAAGUAAAACUUUCAGCAAAUGUCUGUUGUUUAUAAGAAUGUACAUUCCCUGACACAUAACUGAUACAGAAUACCGAAAGAUAUUAUGAAAUUCGUUCAUUAUUCUUGCCUGUGUGUAUGGUAGUCAUGACCAUUAAAGCAACAUGCAAGUAACUGCAGUAGAGGUUUUGGAUGAGUUGAAUCCUCAUAGCUUUUUUUAAUUGAGUAAACGUGAGUUUGCAUAAUUUAUGCUCCUUCCAAAUACUGUCAGAAUGAUCAGAUGUUUGUUGACCGCUCAUUAUAUGCGCAGCAGUAACACAACCUGGGUGCUUUGUAUGGAGAACUUCAGGUCCCAUCUCCAGCAGUCCCCAAACAGCGUAAAAUGUGAAGGACAUCAAACAAGAAAUUGUAAAGACAUAAGGAGAAAGAUGUGAAAGCUUCAUGCAUAAGUACUAAAUAAAUCUAUCUAUAACCCCUUA